GCCCGCUGCGACGUCGUUGUCCAAGCCCUUCUUCGGGUAGGCAAUAGAGAUAGCCAUGCACAGCGACGAUAGGUUUUGGGCUGUACUACGUAGAAUCGUCUGUUCGCUGGGCCAAGGCCUGGCCAAGAUGUGGCGUGGCGGGCCGCUGCGGUAAAUGUGGUGUGCCAAGACGGCAACUGCGCUGUCACUUGCCCGUACCUGGGGGAAGCGAGCGAGCUUGGCAGGAGAGAAUGUGAGGGCUCGAGUGAAGGAGGCGAGUGUGCUUUCGUCACUGUACGCACACAAGACGGCCCAAGCCCGAGAGAACGGCCGAGCGGUCCCGUUGGGCUGGGACGGCAGUCGUCCAUGGAUAGCGCGGUGUCAGGGGAAGGUGGAGUGUGUCGAUCUGCCAGAUGCGGAAUAAACAUGACAUUGAACGCGACGAUUCGUCCAGGGGUCCGGAUGGGGCAACUGUGCCGCCCUCUUCCCUGCCCCGAGCCCCCCUUCGAGCAGCCCAGCCCAGAAUGUGGAGGCUGGCGACAGGAGAAUCCAGGCCGCCUCCCCCAUCUCAUCUGUCGGCAAACCAAACGCACGCAGGGGGCUGCCUCGGAGAGUUUUUCUGCGCCCCGGCAUGUAAAAGAAUGCAGGCGUGCAGCAGGCUUGGCAUCUGGACGCAGAGCCGCGGGAACGCGGCCAGCAACUCUGCUGCGUGCCAUGCAGGCAGGUGUCACAAUCCCGUCAAUGCGCUGCAACUCUGCUCAAGUGUGAGUGCGCGAAGAUGCCGGGCCAUCCCUGCGGGUGGAGGAUCGGUCGAGGUGACGCCCACCGAACCCGACCAAAUUGCAUGGCCCCCCGACGUGACGGUGCAACGGCAUUGCCGACCCGUGGGCAAAGGUCGGGGCAUUGUGAACUCACACUUGGCUCACCGGGGGGGGGUCCUGGAAUUGCCCGUUUGCUCUGCGUCGGCGAGGAGGGAAACAUGAAGGGGUAUAAGAAGCGGCAGCGCGGCUCUCCCCAGAAGUCGCACCGAGACUUGGAGGCCACCGCUUGGUCCCACCAUCCAUUCCGAUCCCAUCAGAGACCCUUCUGAUACUCGGUAAUACAGCGGCCUCUGCUGCAUAAUUAUCUGGAUCAUGUCAUUCAUUAGCAUUUCCAAGACCGCGCUGGCGGUGCUCCUUGCUGUCGGCAGCGUCAACGCCUGCCCCAGCGGGACCCGCCACUCCAACAACAACAACAUCAACAACACCGCCGCCGCCGUUAAGCCCGUGGGCGCCGCCGCCGUGGCCACCUCGCCCGAGAUCGUCCCUCCAUCCGGCGGCGGCUACUCCAACGGCGGCGGCAUGCACGCCACCACCUACUUCGCCGGCUACCACGCCAAGCGCUCCAAGGCCUUCACGGUCGAGCAGAUGCCGUGGUCAAAGUACACCGACGUCAAGUACGCCUUUGCCGAAACGACGGCCAACGGCACCCUCGACAUGCACAAGUCGGCUCCCGAGGAGCUCCCCAAGUUCGUAAAGGCCGCCCACGCCGCCGGCGUCAAGGCCCAGCUCGCCAUCGGCGGCUGGAGCGGCAGCAUCCACUUCGGCUCCAACGUCGGCGACGCCAAGAACCGCACCGCCUUCGUCAAGACGUGCCUCGACACCGUCAAGCAGUACGACCUCGACGGCCUCGACUUCGACUGGGAGUACCCCGGCCGGCAGGGGCUGGGCUGCAACGCCGUCGGCCCCAACGACACGCUCAACUUCAUGGCGUUCCUGCAGGAGCUGCGCCGCGAGCAGCCCAAGCCGCUGCUGCUCUCGGCCGCCGUCAGCCUGUUCCCCUACAACAACAAGGACGGCCAGCGCAGCGCCAACGGCGAGCUCUCCAAGAUGGCCGAGCUGCUCGACUACUCCAUCAUCGUGGGCUACGACAUCUUCGGCGCCUGGGCGGGGACGGGCGGCCCCAACGCGCCGCUCGCCUUCUCGUGCGACUCCAAGCGCAACAACCAGGGCGGCAUCAAGGAGGGCAUCGAGGCCUGGGUCGGCGCCGGCUACCCCAAGGAGAAGCUCGUGCUCGGCUUCGGCGCCUACGGCCACGGCUUCACCGUCGAGAACAAGGAGGCCUUUGGCCCCGACGGCGCCCUGCUCGCCUACCCCAAGAACAGCGGCCAGCGCCGCCAGGGCAGCACCUGGGACGACGACCCGCUUGUCGACGACUGCGGCGGCGCCCAGCCCGCGUCCGGCACCUUUACCGUCUGGAGCAUGGUCCAGGAGGGCAAGUUCCUCGACGAGGCCGGCAACCCGGCCCCCGGCAUCGCGCACGGCUUUGACAACUGCAGCCAGACGCCCUUCCUCUACGACAACGCCACCCAGUGGUGGGUUUCGUACGACAACGCCCAGUCCAUCAAGGCCAAGGGAGGGUACCUCACCUCCAACAAGCUCGCCGGCUUCGCCAUGUGGGAGGCCGGUGGCGACUUCAAGAACCUCACUGUGGACGCCAUCCGCUCCGCCGUCGGCCUUCCCAAGGCCUAAGCGGCGUCUUUGGUUUUUUCUUCUUUUUUUUUUUCGAUUCUUGUUAGCUAGACGCAUCUUUUUCUUGCACACCCCACGGUCUCCAGCGCCCGGUCAAUAGAGCAUGGCGAUUUCCUUUCUAG